AUGGCGCAGGCCCAGGCAGAGAACACGGUGCUGAGGGAAAGACUGGCGACCUUUGAGGCGUCCCAAGGUCAGUCGCCUCAACAUGGAGGAGCACAAGCUGGCAUGGCAGAAGUUCUACAAGCACUACGUGAACUACCCACGGCUUUGACAAAGCUGGGGAAGCCGAAAGGUCUGAUUGACCAUCGAGGCCUGGGAGAACCACAGAUCCUAGGUGAUGACGCAGAAAGCAAAUUCAGGUUGUGGAGUGUGAAGCUGGAGGACUAUGCUCAUGGAGUUUUCGGAGGCAAAUCAAGAGAGGUGAUGGAGUGGGCAUCGGCCAUGGACGCUGAGAUCACGGAGAACGACAUCAUGGACACCUUCGGCAUCAAUGCAGAUGACUUGGACCGCUGGGAGGACAUUGGUGACUUCAACUCCCAGCUCUACAGUGUGCUGAGGGCAACAACGGAGUCGGUGGCCUUCGAUGUUGUGGAGAAUGUCACCACGGGCCAAGGACUAGAAGCAUGGCGAGCACUUCAUCGCCGAUUUGAUCCUGCAACUGGGUCGAGAAAACGCAUAAUGCUCCAGGCAUUGACCAAUCCAGAGAGGGCAUCCUAUGACUCUUUGCAGAGCGCUUUGGAGCGAUGGAAAGCCUUGAAAAGCAGGUACGACAAGAAAAGGGAUCAAUUUGGUCAAAGAGAAGCCCUACCAGAUAGCCUGGCGAUGAACGCCUUGGAAAAGCUGGUCCCGAAGGAGUUGGAGACCCACUUGCUGCUGAACCACACACGGUUUCGCAGCUUUGACGACAUGGAACGUGAAGUCGUCAAUUAUAUGGAAGUGAAGACAGGGAGCCGGAUGACGUUGAGUGCAAACUUCGCCAAAUCGUCAGGGGGCUCAGGGGGAACAAUUCCUAUGGACGUUGACUCUUUGGCAAAAGCAGUUUCAGGAACUUUGGCAUCGCUCGCAAAGGGCAAGGGGCAUGGGAAGAAUGACAACCACAACAAGAUGACCGUGAAGUUCGACGGCACCUGCAACAAUUGCGGGAAGCAUGGACAUCGCAGUCGGGUCGGCAAGCAGUUCACCGAAAAAGGGGGAGAAGUUCAACGGAAAAUGCAACAACUGUGGGAAGGUUUGGUGGAGCUCAAUACGCUGACAGUGGCAAAGUCGAGACCUUCGAGGAGGAGAAGAAGAUCGCCUUCAAGUACACCGGAGGUGGUUGAGAGGCCGUUCAACGAGAAUGCAAGUCGGUCAAGGGAUUCUUCGAGAGCAAGAACAGAGGUGGCUGACGAGAACGAGGAGACGAUCAUGGUGGCAGUGGAUCAGACUGAGGAGGAGUGGAGCCCAGAUUCUUUGCCUUCCAUUGCAUCUACGACUUCGGUGGAUCCAGAAUGGGUCCGUUGCAACUUAGACACAGGAGCUUCGUUGACGGUGUUUCCCAAGAAGAUGUUCAACGUUGGAGAGGAGGAGACCAUGAAGCUCAAGACUGCGAGUGGUGAGGUGAUCAACGCCUAUGGCAAUGCUGUACUACGUGGAGAAGACACCAAAGGAGCCAUGCGGAAGUUGAAUGGUCAGGUGGCCGACGUGCAGUGCAGCCAAGAUGCACGACAAGGGCUACGUGACAUGGCUGGGAACUGGUGGACCACCACCAUCUAUGUCGAGACCGUUGUCUUCUUCCGGGACUAUGACAUCAACACUGCCUUCGACGAGAACAACUGGAGAAGUGAGAGCGAUCCCAAGGAGGAAGAGGUGGAUGUGCCUGCGGGUGGAGAGGAGCUUGUCAUCUCUGAAGGAGUUGAGGCAAGACCUGCCAACCCGGGGUGGAGUCCGCCGACACCAACACCAGCGGAGAAGAAAGAGCAUGAAGCUUCUGGCCAUGCGGUGUACCGAAGCUGGUGCACUGAAUGCGUGGCGGCAACGGGCUAUGGGCAACAACAUCGUCGAGUACCUCAUCAGGGGGAGUUGCUCAACACAGUGGUCAUGGACUAUUGGUACCUGACGGAUGCUGAGGGUGCCAGGCCGCAUUUGGUGGCACAAGACCGCAAGACGGGCAUGCAGAUGGCAACUUCGCUCAGGGAGAAGGGAGAUGGCGAAACUACUGGUCGGAAACUUUUGGCGAGAUUCUUGGAACUUCUUGGAUACAAGGAAGUCGUCCUCAAGUCCGACGGUGAGCAUGCUUUGGUGAAGAUGAAGAAGGCUGCAGGGGAAGAAGCCAAAUGCCUGACCAAAGUGGUCUGCGAGGAAAGUCCUGUAGGUGAUGCACGUGCCAAUGGAGAAGCUGAAGCAGCAGUUCGAGAGGUGAAAUGGAGAGUGCGUGCAAUCACUAUGUCGCUGAAGAAGAAGUAUGAGGACAUUCCUGAGGAUCAUCCACUACUUCUUUGGGUUCCUCGGUAUGCCGCCGAGCAGUCGAACCGUUACAGGGUCGGCGCAGAUGGCCGAACAGCUGAGGAGAGAAGGACAGGCAAGAAAUGGAUCAAACCCAUGCCGGUCUUUGGAGAAAGAAUCAUGAUCAAGCCGGCAGGGAAAGGGAAGAGAGGUGAUCAAGCAAGAAUGAAGCCAGCACGGUUUCUUGGAUGUCACAACAGAUUUGGGAGCGUGCUGGGCAUGACAACAGAAGGCGUGGUGGUGGGAACUUCAUACCAUUCACUGCCGGAGGAUGAGAAAUGGACUGCUUUGGAGGAGAACUUGAAGGGCAGCCCAUGGGAUGUUCGUGCCUACGUGAGGAGACAACUUCCUGAACAAGCUCAACCAGCGGAACCUCAACCUCAAGUGGUCAUCGUUCAACCUGCACUUGGACCAGCUCUUCAACAAGGAGUUCCUGGACAAGGUGGAGGACGUCAAGAUGGAGGAGAAGGUGCAGCUGGAGACAACAGGCCAAUGGUUGGUGGGCCUAGUGCAAGCAGCCAACAGAGCAGGCAAGGUGUGAAAGCCUGGCCAGUGAGGAGAGAGUACCUGACAAGAUUUGGGCGUACAGAUGAAUGCCCAGGGUGCUUGUCGCUGGUGAGGGGUGCUGGAUUUCAGCAAGUGGCGCACAGCUCAGAAUGCCGACAGAGGAUCAAAAGAUGCCUAGAUGAGGCAGCAGCAUCUGACGAUGCGGAAGUGAAAAGGCUCAGAGAGGAGGAUAGGCUUCUUGAAGAGGCAGUGGAUCCCCAAGGAGUGGUGCCGAUGGCUGCAGGGGUACAAAGAGAAAAGGAGGUGAAGAAGGCGUUGUGGAUGUGGAUGGAUGACCUUUGUCAAGAGGCCGAUGCAGAAGGUGCAAGCCCGGUGAGGGCAGCUUCGAUCCAGGCUAUGACAUUGCUGAUCGGGAGCUACGAGGCAGCCAAGAGCAUUGCAGAUCUGGCGGCUAUGGAUGUGGUUGAGGUCUUCUCACCUGAAAGGAUGAACAAAGAAGCCGAGAGGUUCGGCUUGAGAAAAGGGAUAGCAGUGGAUUUGGAAGAGAUGAAACCAGAUGGAUCAGAAAGAUGGAACCUGGACAAGGACGAGGACUUCCAAUUGCUGCUGGAGAUCUUGGAUGCGGAGAAGCCGUGGUUGGUGACAUCUUCGCCGCCGUGCACAACAUUCAGUCCUUUGCGGAGGUUAUCAAACCACAAGAGGCUGAAGGAGAUCGUCGAGCAAGAGGAGAUGCUUGGGAGACUUCGGCUGAGGAGAUCUAUCAGGUGCUGCAAGAGGCAAGCACGACUUGGAGGAUUUUAUCUUCAUGAACACCCUCGUGAUGCAACUUCAUGGAAGGAAAGCGAGGUGGAGGAGUUAGCCAAUGACCCCAACAGCUACCUGGUGCAAUCCCCGAUGUGUCGCUUUGGAAUGAAGCUGAAGAACGAUGAGGGAGAGCUACUGCAUGUGCGCAAGGAGACGCUGUGGCUUACCAACUCUGAGGAGAUUGCGAAGGAGCUGAAAGGAGUUUGUGAAAACGAUCUGAAAGGUCGAGAAGUUCAUCGGCAUGUACAUCUGGUGGGUGCCAAUCGGGCAAAAGCUGCACAGGUGUACCCAGUGGCAUUGGUGGAAGCGGUGCUUCGAGGGCUCAAGAGAGAGCUGGAGAAGAUGAACGUCAUCAGUGCGGUGGAGGAACAAGUGUCAGGACCAUCGCCUGACGACAUGGUGUCUUGGGAGGCCGAGAUGGAGGAGUACAAGGACGAUGCGUCUGGUGCAACAUUGGAUCCAAAGCUCGUGCAGGAGGCAAGAGCUGAGGAGCUGAGGUGGAUUCAUCAGGUGAGAUCACGCCUCGUGGCAAAAGAGGUGAAGCGUGCAAAGAGGAUUGAGGAUCAACUUGGAGGAGCGGAAGUCUUUUCUGCGACACCGCCCAUCGAGAGUGUGUAUGCCUUGAUGAGCAUGUUCAUGACGAACGUGGAGGGCAAGGACAACAACAAGAUGAUGGCCAGUUGGGACAUCAGCCGUGCGCACUUCAUGGGCAAGGCAGAGAGGAACCUAUUUGUUGAACUACCUCCAGAAGAUCAACAUCGACCUGACGAUGCUUCAAAGAUCUUCCAGAAGGACUACACUUCGUGGAUGGGUUCGCAGGGCGCUACAUUCAGCAGAUUGUGCCCGGCAAUUUUCCGAUUUCCGGAGAAAAGCUUGGUGGGAUUGGUUCAUGGCGACGAUUUCUUGGUCGUUGGGAACUACGAGGACCUGUGCUGGUUGGACAAGGUCUUGAACACCAAGUACACAGCAAGAUGGGAAUCUCUGUUGGGCAAGGAUGGGUCAGAGGUGCAGGAGAUGUUCUUCCUGAAUCGCCUGGUCAGAUUCAUCCCAGAUGGAACGGACAGUGGGGGCAAGCGUCUCGAGAUUGAGGCUGAUGCUCGACAUGCUGAGAUCUUGAUCAGGGAUUUCAACUUUGGCGUCAACACCAAGGGGUGCGACGUGCCGGAGGACAAGAUCACGCCUGGAGAGCUGGCGGUGACGGAACAGCAGCCUGUGCUGGACCAAGCUCAGCAGAGCACCUACAGGUCAAUGGUGAUGAGAUUGGCCUACCUUUCAACAGAUCGUCCUGAUCUAUGCCAUGCAGUGAGAACUUUGGCGGGAGCUAUGAAAAGUCCCAAGCUCAACGACAUGCUGCGCUUGAAGAAGGCUGUGAGGUAUUUGCUCAAGUACCCCUACAUGAAGCGUGUCUUUGCGGAGCAGACAGCGACUUUGGCCGAGUUCGUCAAGGGCAUCUUGGAGUUUUGGUACGAUAAGGUGGGAAUGACGAAGGUCAAGGUUGACAGCUCGUCAGCGAAGGCCAUGACAGAGAGGAAAGGUGUUGGGCAGAGCCGACACAUUCAGGCCAAAUAUUUGUGGCUUCAGGAGAAAGUCUCUGAGAAGGAAUUGGAGAUUGACAAGGUGAAAGGGGUCCUCAACGACUCGGACCUCGUGACCAAAGUGCAACCUCAGGCUGCGAUCAGUUCGCAUCUUCAGAGGUUAUGUUUUCAGAUAGCUGGGAGAACAGGCCAUAAGCAACUGACUUGA